AUGUCAUCGCAAAACCAACCUGACGUCAAUGCUCUGUUGCAUAACACGUGGCAACAGAUCUUGGUGUUGACCACUCAACUCGCUGAGCUGCAGGCAAAUCCCCCUGCGGCAACCCCCUUGGUAGAGAAAAAGUUCAACAAGAAAGUUGAAGAAAAUUGGGACGCAUUUGCCGAUGACUUUGAGGUAGCCACUGCGGUGCUAUCUCGACUAAAAGGACCUGUGGCGGGUCGAUACGCCCAAGUAAGACUUCAGGAGUGCUACACCGCGGGAGUGUGGCCCACCUGGGACGAUCUCAAAGUAGAGAUCGAAAAAUAUUUCAAACCGCAAGCUGAGCGUGACUGGGAGUGUCAGCAAAUCCGUUCCUUCAAACAAGGCAACAUGAGGACGGAUAAUUUCAUAACCUGGUUCCUGGCCCUCUCCAUCCAAGGGGGUCUUGGUAAUGAACAUGCAGUGGAGCUGCUGGAACACAAUGUGAACCCCCACAUUGCAGAACAGCUCUAUCUGCAAGAUAUGAGAAGUGAUGACCUCUCUGUAGCAGCAGAGGAGGUGAGAAAGAUUGGUAGGCCCAUAGAGCUCUACAAAAUGCACCAAGGUGGCGGGACCACCAUCAAAAACAAUGUUUCCCAGAGGCGCCCUGGGACAUCAAACCAACAUAAUCAUUCUUAUGGGUUCAAGCCGUUUGGGUUGCAACCAGGGCAGGGAGCCCCCAUGGAUAUUGGUGCGGUCCAAGGAGGACAGAUGCGCAGAUUCAAGGGGAACUGCUACAAUUGUGGCCAAGAGGGACACAUGUCCCAAGACUGUAGAAAUGGAGCGCAGGCCGCUCACCAAAAAAAUCACCAAGGGUGCCAGGCGCGCCAAUUAGAAACCGAAAAACCAGACGAUGGGCUCCAGACUCUGGCCAGGAAAAGAGUUUGGAGCUUAGGUCACUUGGGUGCCUUCGCUCCCUGGAACAAUGAAGUAAACCACACCAAGGUGGCCCCUGCUCCGGGGUGUUGCACGAGCAAUAAAGGAAAGAUGGGGGUGGCUCCCCAGUUUCAUUGUGACUGUAAUAUUUAUGAUACUACCACUGCACCAGCGUCUCCCUUGGAGCGUGGCCCCGGUGAGACAAACACUAGGGUGCUUGAUUCUGGUAAAAAUAAAAAUAUAGAAAAUAUUAAAGUAGAAAAACAUGUUUCACGUUGGUGUGGAAACCUUGCCCGGGGCAUAGUACACCCAACCAGCGCACUGCUUGAUUCAGGCGCUAAUGGAAUCUUCAUAGACCAGGUCUGGGCGGAGCAGAUUGGGCUCCCCCUUGUAAAACUAGAUGUAUCUAUUCCCGUCUAUAAUGUUGACGCUACCCAACUAGGGAAGAUUAAUUUAAUAUUGGGCUGGACCUGGCUAUUUAAACACAAUCCUGAGAUCAACUGGCAGACAGGGGUUGUCACAUUGUCACGUUGCCCUCAGGAGUGUGUGAACUUGGGUAAACCAAGUCACGUCCGUCAGAAUGAGCAUCUUGAAAAAAUAAACGCUGGUCACGUUUAUGAGCUCAGAUCUUUAGAAAAGAUUGACGAUGAUGAUGACGAGGUAAAACCCGAGGAAGAGAUUAAGAGGCUGGUACCUCCUGAGUACCAUGACUUCUGGAAAGUCUUUUCUAAACAUAAGUCAGAGCGCUUCCCAGAGGCUAAGCCUUGGGACCAUGCUAUAGACUUGAAGGACACUUUCAAACCGAGAAAAGGACAUAUGAUACCACUCUCUGCUCCAGAAAGAGAUGAGGUUUCUAGCUUCAUAGAUGAGCAGCUUAGGAAGGGUUACAUCAGACCUUCCAAAAGCCCUAUGAUGUCCCUGGUGUUCUUCAUUCCUAAAAAGGAUGGAAAGAAGCGUAUAAUUAUGGACUAUCGUUGUGUGAAUGAGCAUACAGUUAAAAAUGCGUAUCCGCUGCCUUUGAUCAGUCAGCUAGUAGACAAAUUGGCUGGUGCCAAGAUCUUGACAAAGAUGGAUCUCAGAUGGGGGUACAAUAACGUACAGAUCAAAGAAGCAGAUACUUGGAAGGCCGCAUUCACGUGCCACCGAGGAUUCUUUGAACCCCUUGUUAUGUUCUUUGGGUUGACCAACUCACUGGCAACCUUCCAGAGUAUGAUGAACAAGAUUUUUGCAGAUAUGGAAAACUGUGUCGUCAUUUACAUUGACAAUUUGUUAAUAUUUACAGAGCCGGAUGAUGAGGCUGAGCAUGACAGGAUCGUGCAAGAAGUCCUUCGACGCUUACAGGAACGGGACCUAUUUGUCAAACCCGAAAAAUGUAAUUUUAACGUGAAGGAAGUAGACUUCCUCGGUAUGAUCAUAGGCCAGAACAGAAUCAGGAUGAAUCCUGAGAAAGUUCAAGCUAUCUUGGAUUGGCCAGAACCUACUCGUGUUAAAGGAGUUAGGGCCUUCCUUGGCUUAGGCAAUUUCUACCGAAGGUUUAUUGAAAACUUUGCAAAAAUCACGAGACCGUUGAACGAUCUCACUAAAAAGGACAUUGUUUGGCACUGGAGCGCCAAGGAACAAGAAGCUUUUGACAAGCUUAAACAGGCGUUUACAACGGCGCCCAUAUUAGCAUUUCCAGAAUUAGACAAAGAGCCUUGUGCCUAUUUAUCACAUAGUUUGUCGCCUACAGAGCGCAACUAUCAAAUUUACGACAAAGAAAUGCUAGCCAUCAUUAGAGCCUUAGAGCACUGGCAGCACUACUUAGAAGGUGCUAGACACCAAUUUGAAAUUUGGACCAACCAUAAAAAUCUGGAGUAUUUUAUGACGGCCCAAGACUUGAACCAAAGACAGGCCCGCUAUGCGGUAUACUUGCCAAGGUUUGAUAAUAAAUUAAUUCAUAAGCCUGGAAGCUCUAUGGGGAAAGCGGAUGCUUUGUCCAGAAGAGAGGAUCAUGCCAACGGCAUCAAGGAUGAUAACAAAGGUGUCACCCUGAUAGACCAAUCAAGGGUUGCCAAUGUUAGAAUCGGGCAGGAUUCUGAUCUUCUGGAAGUCUUCAAGAAAGACAUCUCCUCAGAAGAGAAGGCGCGCCUUAACGGCAAUGAAAACUAUUUAUGGGAAGACGGGCUCUUCCAUUUUAAAAACAAAAUCUAUGUGCCUGAGUCCGUAAGGAUCAAGACAAUGAAUAGACAUCACAACACUCCAGUGGCUGGGCACCCUGGGUGGCAACAAACAAUGGAGUUGAUCUCCAGAAACUACAUGUGGCCUGGCAUGGUCAAAGAUGUACAGGAAUACGUAAAAUCCUGUCUAAGAUGUGCCAUGGCUAAAAAUUCUCAUCAACCGCCGGCCGGUAAACUUAUGCCAAAUCUGAUACCAGCUGGUCCUUGGCAAGAUAUAUUGGUUGACUUUACAGCGGAUCUGCCCGAGUCAAAUGGGUAUGAUUCAGUAAUGGUGGUAGUAGAUCGCUUCUCCAAAGAAGUAGUGUUCAUACCCACCAACAAAACUAUUACAGCCACUGGUAUGGCAGAUUUAUUUAAAGAUUUUGUAUGGUCUAUCCAUGGGUUACCAGAAACGGUUAUUUCCGAUAGAGGACCACAAUUUGCUAGCAAAUUUACAAAAGAACUAUGCCAGAUGCUGGGCAUUAAACCUAAGUUAUCAACGGUGUUCCAUCCGCAGACCGAUGGACAAACGGAGAGACUCAACCAGGAGUUGAAACAAUAUCUCUGGAUAUUUAUUAAUGACAGGCAGACAGAUUCGGCCAAGUGGCUAAAGAUAGCCCAGUUCUCUUAUAAUACCAAACAGUCGUUGGCUACAGGAAAGGCACCAUUUGAGGUUACUAGAUCGUACCUCCCCAGAAUGGGUGUAGAACCUGGCAAAAGCAAGAACAAGGCUGCUGGAAACAUGGCCAAAGAUAUGAAGUCUGUCUUGGACGAAACGCGCAAGGCGCUAUUUAAAACUGCAGAGCAGAUGAAAGACAGAGCAGAGCGUAGACGCUUUAAGGCCCCUGAUUACAAGGUUGGUGACCUGGUUUGGUUAGAUACCGACCACUUAAAGUUAAAAGAUCGGCAGUCUAGAAAACUGACCGAAAAGUGGAUUGGCCCUUACCGGAUUAAGGAAGUCAAACCCAAUGUGGUGGAGCUGGAACUUCCAAAAAGAAUGAGGGUAGUACCCAUUGUCAAUAUCAGCCGUGUGAAACCCUACAAGGGGCCGCUGCCGGGACAGCGCGUAGACCGGCCCGGACCGGUUGUAGUCACCCAGGAAGGUGAAGAAGAGUUUGAAGUCAAACGGGUGGUGGAUGCACGCUUGAAGCGUAGUAAAUUAGAGUUCCUAGUCCUAUGGAAGGGCUAUGGAGACGAGGACAGAACAUGGGAGCCAGAAGCCCAUCUGGAUAACUCUUGCAACGCUGUCCGCAAAUUCUAUUCUAAGAAUCCCUCAGCUCCUAAGAAGCUUAGAGGCAUGGAUUCAAAACUUUUUAACUCUCUUUUUCAAACUAUGCCCAAAAAUUUAACUACCACCUCCAAUAUUUGGUCUCACCUGGAAGUCGAGCCUUAG